GGUUCAGAAUUCACAUUUCUUUUUUCUCGAUCUUGUUAAAACAACAGACAAUUUUUUAUUUGUUCUUGCAAAAACAUUCUUGUUCUUGCAAAAACAUUCCUGUUCUUCAAGAUUCAUAAAUUUAACACAUAAAAUCAAUCUACUUCCCUGCAAGAAAUCUCUUCUAGAUUACAUUAAUUUGUUAGAAUUGAGAGAUUACAUUAUUGGUCAGUUGUGCAACAAAAGCCAGAGGUUUGAUUUUUUUUCGCCAAAUUUAGUUGGAACUAGACUGCUAGAGCAUAAGGGACUGGUAAAUAGGAAACAUCAAUGGAGGGAGAGAUCAAAGAAAAGCUCCUGAAUAAUCAUCAAAAUCAAGAUCAAGAAACUGAGGAAGUGCAAUUCAAAGAUAAACUAUGGACAGAAACAAAAAAGAUGUGGAUCGUUGCAGGUCCUGCAAUUUUCACUAGAUUUUCCACUUUCGGAAUUAAUGUUAUCAGUCAAGCGUUUAUCGGCCACAUUGGCUCUACCGAAUUGGCCGCUUAUUCCCUCGUCUUCACCGUCCUCCUCCGUUUUGGUAACGGAAUUUUGCUUGGCAUGGCGAGCGCAUUGGAGACUCUAUGUGGUCAAUCGUUUGGCGCUAAGCAAUACCACAUGCUCGGAGUAUAUCUCCAAAGAUCCUGGAUUGUUUUAACAAUCUGCACGCUUUUUCUUCUCCCUUUAUUCAUUUUUACCGCUCCGAUUUUACGAGCUUUAGGCCAAGAUUCAGACAUUGCCGAAGUUUCCGGAAAAAUUUCUCUGUGGCUAAUUCCUGUUGUGUUCUCCUUCAUUUUAUCAUUCACUUGUCAGAUGUUUUUACAAGCACAGAGCAAGAACAUGAUUAUUGCUUACUUGGCAGCGUUUUCGCUUACUAUACACGUCACUCUUUCGUGGCUACUUACUGUUAAAUACCAAUUUGGAAUCCCAGGAGCUAUGACGUCGACGAUUUUGGCUUAUUGGAUUCCAAAUUUGGGUCAGCUUAUGUUUGUUACUUGCGGCGGCUGUCGGGAUACAUGGAAGGGUUUUUCGUUCUUGGCGUUCAAGGACCUGCUUCCUAUUAUUAAGCUUUCUCUGUCAUCUGGUGCGAUGCUUUGUCUUGAGCUAUGGUACAACACCGUUCUGGUUCUUUUAACAGGAAAAAUGGCUGAAGCUGAGGUCGCUAUUGAUGCUCUUGCUAUUUGCCUAAGCAUCAAUGGAUGGGAAAUGAUGAUCUCACUCGGGUUUUAUGCUGCUGCAAGCGUUCGGGUGGCGAAUGAGCUCGGCCGAGGAAGUUCAAAAGCUGCAAAAUUUUCAAUUAUGACAACUGUCCUUACAUCAUUCACUAUCGGCUUUUCUCUGUUCGUGGUGUUUCUGUUUCUUAAAGGACAACUUGCUUAUGUUUUUACUGAAAAUGGUAAGGUGGUUGAUGCAGUAGCAGAUCUUUCACCUCUCUUGGCUUUUUCUAUACUUUUGAACAGCAUACAGCCAGUGCUCUCAGGAGUUGCUGUUGGAGCAGGAUGGCAAAGCGUUGUAGCAUAUGUUAACAUAGCUUGCUACUACCUAAUUGGAAUUCCUGUAGGAGUUGUGCUUGGUUAUGUGUUUGGUAUGCAAGUCAAAGGGGUUUGGAUUGGUAUGUUAUUUGGAACAUUUACACAAACCAUUGCUCUAAUUAUAAUUACUUACAAAACUGACUGGGACAAACAGGUAAAUGUAGCUCGUAAUCGGAUUAACAAGUGGUAUGUUAGAGAGUCUGAAAAGAAUACACAAGUUGCUUAAUUCUCUGCAUUUUGAUUAAUUAAUUCACUGUAUUUUGAUUAAUUAAUUCACCGUUUUUGAUGUUGUUUGUGAAAAAUAAUUGCAAGCUCGAAUCUUUAAA